CAAAGUAACUAAAGUUGGUUAUCAGGUCAAACAAAAACAAGCUAAAACUUCUCGUUAAAAGCGGUUGGCUGUUGCUCAGACCGCCCCUUUCAACCAGGCCCACAGGAAGUAAAAAAGCAAAGUUGUUUUUUUGUUUUUUGAUGGGUCGGAGGGGACGAGCAAUUUCCCCCUUUAAGCAAAUUGUAAUUAACAUCACUGUGGUACAAAUUUUAGGUAAACCAGGUGGAAACAAUUAGUAUCAUAAUUUUUUGUAAAAGAAACCUAAAUUUUGCAAAAAUUAUUCUUAACGAAUGUCUCAGAUAGCGAGCUUUAUAUAGAUGUUUUUGAAAGCACAAGACCGAAAAGGCAAAGAAAAUAAUUUUCUGAAAUAAAAAUAAGGUUCAACCCAUAUUAAGUGAGUAAUGUUCUUUAGUAACUGUUAUUUGACUUACCUAUUGUUCUUAACGCAAAAUCAAACGUCUAUAUUACUGAUUCUUUUUAUGGCUGCCAAGAGAAUGAAAUAAGACUGCAAAAAUCAUUGCAGUACGCUUCUUUACAAUCAUGUUUCCUCAAAACGUAUCCAUGCGGUGUCCAGAUAAAAAAAUAAUAAGAAUGUGGACAACCUGUAACAUCCGUUGCAAGUGAUAUUCAUAUUUGAUUCUUGAAGCUUACAUUCCCUAUCGGCUUUAGUUUAGUAAGAUGUUGACGUUAAUAUCCUGACGUUAAUCUAUUUGUUUUCCGCGUUUACCGUAAGAUCACGACUAAAGGAUAAUUUUGUAACUUUUUUUGAUUUAACCUUUGUUCGGUUUGAAAGCUAUUCACAAUUUUUUGCUGUAGACAAAAGUUUUUUUUAAGUUCCAAUCCGGCAGCUGCCUCAAUAGGGUAUAACAUCGCUGCGAUGUGGUCACAUGUUUCGAACAUACCAGCUACACAUAUACAAUCGGCUCUGACACAUACCAAAAGUUAAUGUGGUGCAUUAUUUAUCCUUUCAGACUGUCUGUAAUCUGCUGUUAAAAAACUAAGCUGAUGAUAAAUCCAUGCAGUGUUAACUAAAAGUUGCAAGCCAUUCCCCUAUUAAAAUAUCUGAAACCUUUUAGUUCUUAUAAUGGUUUAAAUCCGUUCCGCCAUGCUCGUUGAGAUUGAAAGCUAAGUAGUUGAAUAUAUGCUAUGCAAGGCCACUGAGUAAUACCAUCAGUUUCACACAUUCAACCAGAUGUUAAGUAUAACUGGGACCAGGUAGCUAGUACCGCACCAUUUAGGAGUUUGGCUUGAUAACCUUGCAUGAAUAUAAUUCGUCUUUCUUCUGUGCUGUUUUAACAAGUAUAACUUUGGUCUCUGCAGCAACAAACUAUAUUGCUAUCAUUUCUACUUAUUUGCCUGAAACCCUUAAACAAUAAGGUACGAUAAGCGUCUUAGACUUACCCAUAUCACUGCAUAUUAUUGACCAUUUCCUUAAUUAAUGACAAAACUUAACGCUUUAACCAAAAAUUCAACGUAACACUCUGCAGCUUGAACUUUAAAACUGAUUAAAGCGCUAAAAAAAUUUGUCUACUAACUCUCCGACAGUGUCUCUUUUCCGCACGGUCCCUGGAGAUAUCGAAUUCGUGUAAUUAUUAACAAAGUAGGCAACAAACGAACAAUUAAGUCUAAUUAGCCUUGAUUUUUGUAUAAGACAUUUAAUGCAUAUUGAGCGGUUCUUUUAAAUAAUACUGAAGGCUGGUUUCCACUUAAACAAAAAUGACUAAAUCAAUCAACAUCAAUGACAAAAAGAAGUUCUAUAGCGCGAAGUUGUGCAAGCGGCGUACAUAAAGGCGAUGUACUUAUAGUUUCUACGAAAACAAACCAGACCUAAACGCUGUGAAGGAAUGAAGUAUCGUGUCAAAGGUUUUCUAAGAACAGCUAAAAGAUACCUGUUACGAGAACGGAUGUCACUUCGUGAACUAGAAAAGCCUUGGAACACAAAAAAACUCAAUGAUUUUUUAAAGGCCUGGAAAUUAAUAAAAGAGCUUCCACCAGAUAAUCCAAAUUCGUUUUGGAGUCUUGCUACAUAUCAUGGUGUACCAUUUAAGAAGACAAUAGUCGAAGACAUCCAAAAUAAUAAUAAUACUGUGUUUGAAUAUUUGCGUCAUUUGUUUUCACGAAAGGACGACAUACCACACAAUCGGCAGAAGUGGGGUGGAUACUGCCAACAUGCUAAUGUUUUGUUUCCAUCGUGGCAUCGCCUGUAUCUUUUACGUGUGGAACAAGCCUUGCAGACAGUUAUUCCUGGUAAAGAUGUAGCAUUACAUUAUUGGGACCAAACUUCAGAAGAAAGCCUCCAACAUGGUUUACCUAGCAUCUUAACCAGGAAAACUGUCAUGAUUGAUGGUAAAGAAGAAGUAAAUCCUCUCUUAAGUUUCACUCUGCCAAGGCAAAUUGAUGCCGAUGAAAACAGUUUCUACAAGAAACCUAUCCAUUACACGACAGUCCGCUACCCUUUUUCAGGCAUCAUGAAUCCCAAAACAGCUGCAGAAAUCGCAAACAAACACAAUGAAAAGUUAUCGCGACUUAAUAAAUCUCCAGAUGAAUUGUUGAAUGAAAACAUCAAGUACUGGUUAAACCAUGGCUUCGGAAAGAAGAACUCAGUAGUAUCUAGUUAUGAAGACUGCUUGGAUGAGACAGAUUACAAUAAAUUUUCAAACACGAGUUCAGCAAGAAUUAAAGGUACAGUUGCAAUUUCCUUGGAACAGCCACACAAUGAUAUGCAUCUUUCAAUAGGUGGAUUCUCUUUACCGAAAACUAAUGAACACGGGGAAAUUGAAAGAGAUAAUAAUGGACAUCCAAUUAUACAAAAUUAUGGUUUGGUAGAAGGUGCAAAUGGAGAUAUGGGUGCAAAUGAGAUGGCUGCUUUUGAUCCAAUUUUUUUUGUGCAUCAUGCAAAUGUAGAUAGAAUGUUUUGGGCUUGGCAAAAAAAACAUAACCACAGCACAGUUGAAACAAGUUUUAAAAUUCGGCAAGAAAAAAGAAGUGAAGUUGGACGUGACGAUGUUCUUGGUACAUCAACGAAUGGUCAAGGCCCAUCUCCUAACCAAUCCUAUGAUGAAAUAUUAGGUAUGGAUACCGUGUUGUAUCCGUUCCAAAAUUCAGUAGGCAUGCCUAUGACAACCAAAGAUUGCGUUGAUAUCGAAGCACAGCUUGGAUACACCUAUAGUGUAGGCUCCUUUGACAAAUUUUAUUGGCCCAGCUAUGCGCCAAAGAUUAAGUAUUCAUACACCGUGACCGAAUUAACGCACUUCACUGAUUUGAUGAAAAAGUUGACACAAACACAUACGUCAAAUCCUAAGGAAAUCUGUUUUGAUUUUACAUCCGUUAUAGCGCCAACUCAUCAUUGGGAAACCCUGCCAUUUUUUAAAAAAGGCAGUCCAGAAUUCACCUAUGGUGGGUGCAAAUGGAAGAGGAUGUUUUACUUGCGUGUGUGUAAUCUGAAAUGUGAUGACUACCCAGGUUCGUUUGUUGUGCGGGCGUUUUACAAAAAGAAUGGCAAAGAAUAUUUUGCAGGCCAGCGUGGUGUGUUAAAUCGAUGGAAUCGCAAAAUUUGUAAAAAUUGCCAGUACAACAAUUUUAAAAGCGUUGUAUUUAAAUUCCAUGAAAAAGAUGUUUCCUUUCCUACUGAGGUUAAUAAAAUUGAUGUUGAUGUUUUGGCGAAAAAUCCUGCUACUGGAAACAAUGAAGUACACAAGAUAUGCUGCGGCGAAGGGUCGUGUGGUGACAAGCGAUCUCCCAAGAAAGAACUUUUAGUUUCUUUUGAAGAACUAACUAAAUAUCGAUUUUUUUAGCGGUACUGUAAAAAUAUUUCUGUGUGCCCAAAAGUUUUGUCGAAUUUGAGAAUUUCUUAUUACAAGGAGAGUUUCGAAUGAAAUUUAAUUAGUAUUAGGAAAUGAAGAUCAAAUGUUUUUUUCGUGACACGGAACAAAAUGUACAUUCUGAAUGACAGGACAAUUUUGUUUUUGACAGCCAACCAUGCAACGCACGCGACAAACAAGGCUUUCCAAACCGUUUUAGCGUAGACUUGUUUACGUCUAUUCAUAAAACACUUCUCUUUACGUAUCUGCUUUAAAAUCAAAUAAUUGAAUUCAAUUUUGAUAAUCUUCUAUGCUGUUCGCUUCUCUUUUAAGCAAUUUUUCGCCUUAUCACUCUAAAGGUACAGCGGACUCUCGAUAAAACGAAUCCCUGAUAUAGUUAACAUCUCAAAAUAACGUACCAAAAUCCAUUCCCCUUCGUUUAAGCCUUACGAAACACUUAUAUAUCCUUUCUAUAUAACAAACCCCCGAUAUAGUGAACUCUCGAUUAAACGAACCAUAUUUUUUGUUCGAAAGUGUUCGAGUUUUAAACGAUUUAGGUCUUUUGAUGCAACGAAUUCUCCAAAUAACGAACUUUUUUCUAUUCGCCUUGGAGGUCCAUUGUAUUUUGUUAGCGGUGCAAGAAGCAAAUCAAGAAAAUAAAUUGAAAAAUACGUUUAUUUUUUAUUGUGGUUUCAAAAGAGAUUUUGCAAACUUUUUUUUUCUAUAUAUGUUUUAGUUUAAUUGCAUUUAGCUAUUUUUUGUAUUUUUUAAAAAAUGUUAUGUUUUGUUUAUUUAUCAGCCUGACUAACGCAUCCUCGUUCCUAGUGAUUUUUGGUUUAAGCCGUUACUGCGCUGUUUUUAAGCUGAUCAUCAAAGCAAAAUGCACUGGUAAGGAAGUUGUAAAAUAAUUUAAUUUAGUAGUUGUG